AUGCUCCUGCUGCGGCGCCUGGCCGGGGCCGCCCGCCCGCGGGGCCUCGCGGGUCGAGGCCUCGCCUCGGGGACCUCGGGGGCGCCGCGGGAGGCGGCGGACGCCGUGGUGGUGGGCGCGGGCGUCGUCGGCCUCGCGGCGGCGCGCGCGCUGGCGAUGGCCGGGCGCGAGGUGGUCGUGGUCGAGGCGGCCCCCAGCUUCGGCACCGGCACCAGCUCCCGCAACAGCGAGGUCAUCCACGCCGGAAUCUACUACCCUCCGCGAAGCCUCAAGGCUACCCUUUGUGUAAGAGGAAAGGAAAUGCUCUACAAGUACUGCGAAGAACGAGGCGUUGCCCACAAACGAAUCAGCAAACUCAUCGUUGCCACUGGUGCUGCAGAGAUUCCAAAGUUGGACAUGCUCCUCAGGAAUGCCAAAGAAAAUGGGGUGGAUGACCUUCAGUUGAUGGAGGGUUCUGAAGCUAUGGAGAUGGAACCUGAGCUUCGAUGUCUUAAAGCUUUACUAUCACCUAGUACCGGGAUAAUUGACUCUCAUUCACUCAUGCUCUCACUUUUGGCUGAUGCUGAAAACUUGGGAGCAACUGUAUCAUACAACACAGCAGUUAUCAGUGCCCAUGUUGGAUCCGAAGGCCUUGAACUCCAUGUUUGUGAAAGCAAAGAGCUGCAGAACUAUCUUGUAGGGUCUCAUGUGAAUGCACAGCUUGUUUUGCUUCCGAAGCUUGUGAUAAACUCAGCAGGUCUGAGUGCAGUUCCACUUGCCAAACAAUUUCGUGGCCUUGACCAGGCAUUUGUGCCCACUCCUCACUAUGCACGUGGAUGCUACUUCACCCUCUCUCAAACCAAGAGUCCUUUCAGGCGCUUAAUAUAUCCUCUACCAGAGGAUGGUGGCAUAGGGGUCCAUGUCACUAUAGAUUUGAAUGGCCUUGUCAGAUUUGGUCCAGAUGUUGAAUGGAUAUCUGAUGGCGGAAAGGACCAUGUGUCAUGUUUUCUGAACAAGUUUGAUUACUCAGUAAGCCCCACCCGCUGUUCUGUAUUUUACCCUGUGAUAAGGAAGUAUUUUCCAAAUCUCAAGGAUGGGUCUUUGGAACCUGGUUAUUCUGGGAUCCGACCAAAGCUUUCUGGUCCUGGACAACCUCCUUCAGAUUUUGUUAUUCAGGGGUGGGAUGUCCAUGGUAUUCCUGGACUAGUUAAUUUGUUUGGAAUAGAAUCCCCUGGUUUGACAUCAAGCUUGGCAAUUGUUGAACACGUUGUUUCAAAAUAUUUGUGA